CCGUGUCUUUGAGGGGCAAAAUGUGGGUCAUACUUGAUACGAACGCGCUGUAGACAGGCAACAGACCGACAUGGCACCCGUGUUAGGAUACUGGAAUAUUAGAGGGCUUUGCCAACCCAUCAGGUUGCUGUUGAAUUAUGUAGGACAGGAGUAUGAAGAGAAAUACUAUGUACUUGGUCCAGCUCCUGACUACAACAAUGAGGACUGGAUGGGGGUCAAAUUCAACUUGGGGUUGUCAUUUCCAAACAUCCCCUACUGGAUAGAUGGCGACACUAAGCUGGUGCAAAGCCAUGCUAUCCUUAAAUAUCUGGCCAGGAAGCAUAACCUCUGUCCAACGUCGGAGCCAGAAAUGAUAAGAUGCGACAUGCUGGAACACCAACUUCAGGAUUUUAUCAUGGAACAUAUCUUUGUUUGCUACAGUAGCUUUAUUAAAACGGGCGAUUAUGAAACAAAAAAAGUGGAAUAUUUAGAGAAACUCCCGGACAAGCUGAAGCAGUACUCGGAGUUCUUGGCAGACCGCCCAUGGUUUGCAGGCGACAAGAUAACCUUCGUGGACUUUAUGGCGUACGAGUUUUUUGACAUACAGCGCGUGUUUGCCCCUGGCUGUCUGGACGCCUUCAAGAACCUGACAGACUACAUGACAAGGUUUGAGGCCCUCCCUUCAAUUCAGAAGUACAUGCAAUCUGACAAGUUUUUAAAGAAGCCGAUUUACAACAAAAUGGCGGACUGGCGCGGUGACUAAUCACAAUGUUUCCGACAUCGACUUUAACAGAUGCCACAUAAAACGUUAUAGAUGGCAGAACCUCGCUUUAUGGGACUUACAGUUUAGCAUGGCACCUGCACUUCUGCAAUUACUACACUGAAUCAUAACCCGUGUUUUCGACAUUGUUAGAUUUGAAUAAAAAAAGCAUUUUAGGUAAAAGCCUCAGUUCAACCGGUCUCAUCAAGUUCAAAUUAUGUCACAGGGCCAAUUUCAGAUCACGUUGGAGACAAACACACCUUAGACCCCUCACCCUCACACUCUUAGGUUCAAUUUCAAAUUGUAUUUUUUUUUUUUUUUUUUUUUUUUUUUGUGAUAUGAAAGUCGUCUGCAUAUUAUACAUGAGCGUUUUAACAAACAUAGAAUUGUACUUUUUUACUUCAUCAAGACUGACAAAAUUCAUAAAGCGUAAGAACUGCCAGUCCUGUUCGAUAGAGCUUGCUCAGUGAAAAUAAAGCUUUUUGAUUAAACUACA